UGUAGAAAAUGGAACACCCUUUAUCAAAAGGAAUCUGAACAUUCAUUGUUCAACCAUCUUGACCAGAAUUCAGACAAACUUUUCCACACAACACAACAUAACUAUUAAGAAGAAGAAAAGGAAGAAGACGAUGAUUCGAAUAUAAACUCAGAACCCCAAAACAAAACCAACCACCUACACAAACACAAUGACACCCCUCAAACUGCAUCACUUCCUCCUUCUCAUGUUCAUCUUCUUCUUCUUCUUGCUCCCUUCUUCCCACGCCCAAACGCUACGUCAGGCGAACAACACGGGCUUCACGUGCACGGGCACCCGCACCUGCGCCGCCUACGCCUUCUACCGUGCCUCCGCCCCCAACUUCCUGGACCUGGCCGCCGUGGGCGACCUCUUCGAGGUGAGCCGCCUAAUGAUAGCCACGCCGAGCAACAUCUCCUCCGUGUCCUCUGCCCUGGUCGAAGACCAGCCCCUCUUCGUCCCUCUGACCUGCUCCUGCAACCCCGUGAAUGCCACCUUCGGGUCCCUCUCCUACGCCAACAUCUCCUACGCCAUCCAACCCAACGACACCUUCUUCGUCGUCUCCACCUACAAGUUCAACAACCUCACCACCUACCCUUCCGUCGAAACCGUCAACCCCACCUUGGUCGCCACCAACCUCUCCAUCGGCCAGGUCACCAUCUUUCCUGUCUUCUGCAAAUGCCCCGAAACCAACAACACUAACUAUAUGAUCUCCUACGUUGUGCAACCCGAGGACAACAUCUCCUCCAUUGCCUCAGCUUUUGGGGUUCAGGAACAGGCUAUAAUUGACGUCAACAACGACACACUCCAUGAUUACGACACCAUUUUCAUCCCUGUGGAGCAGCUUCCGUCUCUGUCGCAGCCUGCGGUGGCUCCGGCUGCGCCCCCUGGUGGGAAUGGGAGUGACACUGGGAGUGGGAGUGGCAAUGAUAGAACUGGAACUGUUAGAGGGUUGGGGAUUGGGUUGGGGGUGGUGGGGAUGUUAUUGGUGUUGGUAAGUGGGUUGUGGUUGUGGAGAGAGUUUGUGAUGAAGAAAAGGUUGGGAUAUGAGGAUGAGGAGGAGGAGGGAGGGAGGAAGAAGGUGUAUUCGGGAGGCAAAGAGGGACAGAAAGGUGAUUUGGAUGUGAAACUGAUGGCGAAUGUGUCGGAUUGUUUGGACAAGUAUAGGGUUUUUGAUGUUGAGGAACUGGUGGAGGCCACGAAUGGGUUUGAUGGAAGGUCCUUGAUUGAGGGAUCCGUUUACAAAGGGGAGAUUGAUGGGGAGCUCUUUGCCAUCAAGAAGAUGAAAUGGAAUGCCUAUGAGGAACUCAAGAUCUUGCAGAAGGUAAACCAUGGGAAUCUGGUGAAGUUGGAGGGAUUCUGCAUAGACCCAGAAGAAGCAAACUGCUAUCUAGUCUAUGAAUAUGUGGAGAAUGGAUCUCUAUACUCGUGGUUGCAUGAGGAGAGAAAGGAAAAGUUGAACUGGAAAACAAGGCUAAGAAUAGCCGUCGACAUUGCCAACGGCCUCCAAUACAUCCACGAGCACACAAGGCCACGAGUUGUGCACAAAGACAUCAAGAGCAGCAACAUUCUGUUGGACUACAACAAGAGAGCCAAAAUUGCAAAUUUUGGGCUUGCAAAGUCUGGAAUGAAUGCCAUCACCAUGCACAUUGUGGGAACACAGGGCUACAUUGCCCCUGAAUAUCUGGCUGAUGGUGUGGUCUCCACAAAGAUGGAUGUGUUCUCUUUUGGGGUUGUGUUACUUGAACUAAUUUCUGGGAAGGAAGCCAUUGAUAAGGAGGGAAAUCUGUUGUGGGAAAGUGCCAUCAGAACCUUUGAAGUGGACAGUGAGCAAGAGAAGGCUAGGAGACUGAGGGAAUGGAUGGAUAAGGACAUUUUAAGGGAGACAUGUUCAAUGGAAAGUUUGAUGGGUGUUCUCACUGUUGCAAUUGCUUGCUUGCAGAAAGACCAGUCAAAGAGGCCAAGCAUAAUGGACAUUGUCUAUGCACUGUGUAAAAGUGAAGAUUUGGGCUUUGACAUCUCAGAUGAUGGGUUUGGCUCACCACGGGUGGUGGCUAGGUAGAUGGGUUUGGUCAGAGAACCAUUUGGAUAACUUUAUCUGAAGAAAUCCAUUUGGUUUUUUUGGUGAUCUCUAGCUGGUGUACGCUUUUAGGUCUUCUUUUUGCCAUGGAUAUGCUGACCACAGAAAAGGAAUUAAAAGACCCUCAAUAAGCAUCAGGCAUUUCUUCCUACAUCCCAUAAAAAUCUACCUUACCUUUUUUUAUUCAAAUAGGUAUUUUCAAAUGUAAUUUUUACAUUUCGGAAUACCCAUUCUGAAAUCAAAUAUGUUGGAGGUUGAUGUUUCUGACGUGUAAAAAGCAACAAUAAGUACUCCUCCAUGAAAUAGGCCUUUCUGAACCAAAAUUUUAUGAGGAAGAGAAAUAAUCUUGGACUGUA